UCGCUUAACUACUCCCCAACAUACUCACCACAGAGAGAUCAGAGAGAGAGAGAGUGAGAUCACGGAGAGAAGCCGACAAAUCAGAUAAUCAGAGAGAGGAAGAGAGUGGUCGAGAAAUGGGAAGAAGCUCUCGCUUCGAAAAGGAGGGAAUGAAGAAAGGAGCGUGGACCGCCCGAGAAGACCAGAUUCUGAUGGACUACGUCAAAAAGCACGGUGAAGGCAAAUGGGGAAAAAUUUCAAAAGAAACAGGCCUGAAAAGAUGUGGGAAGAGUGUGAGACUUAGAUGGUUGAAUUAUUUGAGGCCUGAUAUUAAGAGAGGCAACAUUGCAGAUGAUGAAGAGGAGCUCAUCAUCAGGCUCCACAGACUUUUGGGCAACAGAUGGUCAUUGAUAGCCGGAAGAAUACCUGGCCGAACUGACAAUGAGAUUAAAAACUACUGGAAUUCCACUCUAAGGAGGAAGCUACAGCAAGAAAAUCACUUAAAUGAGAUCAAGGAGAACUCCUCAUCCCCCAGCGGCAGCGGCGCCGCCGAGGACGACCCACAUUCGACCAAAAAUAAUGGAGGGGUUGGAGGAGGGAUGGUCAAACCAACAAGCUCUUACUGCUUCACCAAUCACAAUGUUAAGAAAGAAGAUCUUCAGCGUUAUCAUCUUGAAAGUACCACCACUACUACUACUACCAAUAAAACAACAUUUUUCUCCGGUGCCACCGUUGAAGCCGAAGCAAACAAGAAUGAUAUAGAGCUAGCUGGAGACGACUUGUGCAAUGAUGUGACGUGGAAUGAUUUCAUAAUGGAUCUAAAUGAAGGUCAGUUAGACAUAUCUGAAUUUCUCCAAACAGACUUUUCAAAGCUUUGUGAAUCGGAGAGUCCCAUGAAGGUAGAAGUUGGAGGUUGCAGCACCAAUCAUGAGCUGCCAAAUAAUUGGGCAGGCGGCCGCAGCUAGGUCCCCGCCCCCGAGAGUUGUCUUCCUAAUGGUUCGAAAUUGUUCUUCAUCUAUUAGUUUCGGUCUUAAU